ACCAUCAACAUUUGCUGCUUCCGCUUAAGAUGACACUGUCAACAUAAACGAUCGUUUUUCUGCACAAACACUGUUGCUUUUCACGUUAUUCCGCGGGUGCCUGCAGAGAAAUUCGCUACGCGAGAGGAUCGUUUUCAUAAGGGUGAGUAUUUUCACCGGAGUCAUUCACUGCAUCAAGGUGUCCUCACGGCAACAGGACGAUGUCGGAAGCCCUUUUCCUCACAUUCCAGUCUCAGCUCUCCGUUGUCAUGGAGACCGUCCUCAAAUCAGCCAUGUUUGAGAUAACCAGGCUGGUGGAAGACAGCUUCCUUGAGGAAGUGGGUCAUCGUAAACAGGAGGUGGAGGUCUUAAAACGAAGGUUGCAGUUGUCUGAGAGUAAACUGAGGGAGAGGGAGAGGGAAUGGGAACGGGGGAGGAAGACACAAUGCCCAGACUGUGGCCGAACAGGAGAUUCCAGCAGCAGAGAUGAGAGCCAACCUGUAGAGACAGUCCGGGGAGCAGACAGCCUUUGUUUAGGCCUAAGCCUGAGAGAUCAAUCUACCAAUCAACCUACACUAACUGAAGAUGCGUGGAGUGCCAGACAACACCUGGAGUCUAACAAACAAACAACAGCACACUCACACUCUAAAGAGAGGAAUGAUGUACACCCACAGAAUUCAAAAGAGAUUGUCACACCUAACUCCAAUGCACAAAUUCAUCAGGAUUUUCUGCAGAGGCUUCUGUGCAAUUCAGCCGUUCACAGUGAGUCCACUAGUGACUUCAAACCCAGAGUGAGUGAUUUAGACAAAUCCGAAAAAAACGUUACUCUUGAUAAGGAAAUGGACUCAAACCACUCAAAACUGUUACAAAGUCCUUUGGCUCAGGAUGUGUACGAGGAUUUGCCAUCGUCUUCGCCAAACGGUAGAGUAAAAACAGAAACAGAGCUGGAUCUUCUACCUGUCAAGGAGGAGGAAGAGAUGGUUCCGGUGUGGGACAGCGUCAACAGAGAUGACGGUUGCCAUGCAGAAAUGGCUGAUCCGAGUCAGGGAGAGCUCAGAGUACCUUGUGAUCAGGAGGAGAUACAGGUAGAAAGCUUUCCAGGUCUAAACUCUCUCGACAUGCCAGAUGCCACCUCAUAUUUCACACCUUAUUCAGUCAGCACACUGGUACAUCAAGGUAUUAGGGCACAACAUAGUCAUUUAUGCACAACAGAGCUGAUGCUUUCUAGCAUACCAGAGAGGUCACAUUCAUUUGUCCAACCAGAAAAUGGACACAGAUAUCCUGGUUCAAAGAGUUCUGUCCUCUAUUCUCACAAUGAUGUUUGUCCAGGCGAGAAAGCAAUGCGCCAUGAGCAAUACCCAAAGUGUUUCUCCCAGGACAAACAUGGGACGCCUGAACAAAUCCAUGCAGAAAGAUCCCACCAUUGCACCCAAUGUGGGAAAACGUUUGCAAGAGCAUGUGACCUUAAGGCUCAUUCGCUGAUCCACAAGGGCAAGAAACCUCUGAGCUGUCCGCAGUGCGAUCAGACAUUCGCGUACAACUUCGAGCUCAAGGCUCACCAGCGAAAUCACUCAGGGGAGCGACCUCACAUCUGUCCGCACUGCGGCAAGGCCUUCGCUCGAAUGAGCAACUUCAGGCAGCAUCAGAACAUCCACACUCGGGAGAAACUCUUCAGCUGCACUCAAUGCGGGAUGCGAUUCAAUCGAGCCACCAACCUGCGAGUUCAUCUCAGACGACACAGCCACGCGGGGAAGACCUACAAUUGCCCUUUUUGUGGAAAGAGCUUUCUGAAUCCCAGGCAAAUGAAGGCUCAUUUACAGAAAGCCCAUGGAAGAGGCGGGAAAUAAACAUAUCUACUUUAUGUUUGGAAAUUCAGUUUGAACUGAUUCUGAAUUGGAUCAAUUCAUGUUUACAUAUUAUAAAUGGUCUGCACUGUUAAAACUCAAGAAGAUAGCAGAGGACCCAAUGUCCCAUAAUUUCCAC